GCGUGGAUAGGGGAAACGAAAAGCUCUACCGUGGUGGCGCAAUGGCACAGGGGUUGGCAUUAACCGUAAAGGUGGUUAGGGACUGCGAUUCUACCUUACCAGCAGGUCCUGACGUCUGGACGGUGAGGUAAUGUACUCGCCGCGGAAGAGGGCGACUAGGAUAUACUGUACAAAGUGUAGUUUCAAAGUUUCAAAUUCAAUGGGAAUUUUACCGAUGUGAGAUAAAAGCCAUUUUGAGGUAAACGCCUACGAACAAAGACCAAUGUGUCUGAAUGAUAAUAAGCAAUCGUGACGCCAAAGACGAAACCCACAGCUCGGAACCAAUAUCCAUCACGCCGGGGUGCUGGAGGGAAGACGUCUGUUGCUGGAACCUGCAGUGUAAACCAAGGUAUGAUGAGGGGCGUAAGAAAUAAACAGGAGGCAGAUCAAAGGUUGAACUGGUUGGCGGAGUGUCUAGCAAGCUAAGAUCUCCUGUCAAUUCCCAUUCUGAUCAACUGUGAGUUUUUUCUGUACCCGGAUAGAGAAGACAGAUUUCACAAUGUCUUCAGGCUGCGUUGCAGAGAAUUGCAGAAGGUCAACCAAAGACGGCGUCGCGCUCUUCUUUUUCCCGAAAGACCCUCGCAUGUGCAGCCUUUGGAAUGACUUUCUGAGGACGAGACAAACCGGCUGGAGGGGGCACUCCAAGCGCAGCAGAUUGUGUUCAGUGCAUUUUCAGGAUGAUGCAUUUGAGCUCUCCUCUCUGCUCAAGUUUAAGCUGCACUUUACAAAUCGUCUGAAACUGAAAGAGGAUGCCGUUCCCACAAUUCACUGCCCUGAUGCUCUUUCUGUGUCCUCACCUGAAAGGCUAGCUGCUGUCGCUGCUGGAACAUCAAAGAAACCUCUAAGAAUAAAAGCACCUUCUACGAGGGAGGUUGUUUUGCAAGGGAUGAGGCACAAAAGCAAAGAGGAUGAAGGAGCUUCUGAUGCCGGGCCUGAAACCACACAUACCCACAUCUCUGAUGCCUUCGAGGGGGAAAAGAAGACAUCUCUGACUGGCGAAUCGGACCCUGCGACAGACGAGAAACCAGCAUGGUCUUCAUCUGUGUCCUCCCUGCAAACCACCCAAGCGAUGUCACUGUGCCCAGGUGAGAGACUUUCCAAAGCAGAUACACAGCAAAGAGAGAAGGCAGGUCUCGUUUGCGGCAUGGAGGAGAGCCCUUCACGAGGCGCCCCCAGCGUUGACCCGGGGUUUCCAGAAGUGGCUGUGGUGUGUAUUAAAGAAGAGGACUGUGAAUCUGAGCGCCAGGGCGACGCGGGGGUAGAGACCUCGGCCCCCUUGAGAAGCGGAUUUAACUGCCCCGACUGCGGGAAAUCGUUCUCACUGCUCAGGAACCUUAAGGUGCACCAGCGGAUCCACACCGGAGAAAGACUGCAUCACUGCGGCGUGUGCGGGAAGGCGUUCACCAAGCCCUGGGACCUGAGGGUCCACGAGCGCGUUCACACGGGAGAAAGGCCCUACCGCUGUCCCGACUGCGGCAAGGACUUCAGCCAGCUGUGGCACCUGAAGAAGCACCAGCGCGUCCACACGGGCGAGAAGCCGCACCUCUGCGCGGACUGCGGGAGGGCCUUCACUCACCUGGGCUCCCUGAAGGAGCACCGGCGCAUCCACACGGGCGAGAAGCCGCACCGCUGCGCGGACUGCGGGAGGGCCUUCAGUCACCGGGGCUCCCUGAAGGAGCACCGGCGCAUCCACACGGGCGAGAGGCCGCACCGCUGCGCCGUGUGCGGCAAGAGCUUCAGCCACGCCUCCACCUUCCGGGAGCACCGGCUCGUCCACACGGGCCAGAAGCCCCACCGCUGCGCCGAGUGCGGCAGAGGCUUCUGCAAGCGGGGCAAGCUCAAGGAGCACCAGCAGCUGCACGCCGGCGACAAGCCCUUCAGCUGCGCGGAGUGCGGGAGCAGCUUCACCCGCCUGUACCACCUGAAGCGGCACCAGCGCGCCCACACGGGCGAGAAGCCCCACCGCUGCCCCCACUGCUCGAAGAGCUUCAAGGAGCUGAAGCACCUCAAGGUCCAUCAGGGGAUCCACAGCGGGCGGAAGACCAGCCCCUGCCCCGUGUGCGGGAAGAGGUUCAGCCAGCCGGGCAACCUGCGCGUGCACCAGCGCAUUCACACCGGGGAGAAGCCCUUCCUGUGCCCGGCGUGCGGCCAGAGCUUCCUUCAGCUGGGCACCCUGCAGGAGCACCAGAAGAUCCACUCCGCAGCCCGGCCCUCCCAGUGCGCCGAGUGCGACCAGGGCUUCGCCGAGGCGGAGAGGCCCUACCGGUGCCUGCUCUGCUGGCACAGCUUCAGCGAGCCUGGCCAGCUGCAGAAGCACCAGGGGGCCCACCGGGAGAAGAAGCCCAACUGCUGCUCCGAGUGCGGGAAGAGGUUCAGCGAGCCGGGGAAGCUGAAAAUCCACCAGCGCACUCACACGGGAGAGAAGCCUUACAGCUGCCCGGUGUGCGACAAGAGGUUCACUCAGCUGGGCACUCUGAAGGAGCACCGGCGCAUCCACACGGGGGAGAGGCCCUACAAGUGCGCCGCGUGUGAGAAGAGCUUCACCCACCUGUCGAGUUUCAGGUCCCACCGGCGGAUUCACGCGCGGGGCAGCCCGCAGCCGCCCUCGCCGGGGCGCCCCCCGCAGGCGCCGAAGGAGAAGCGCCACCCUUGUGGCCAGUGCUGGAAGAGCUUCAGCGAGCCGAGGUACCUCAAGGUGCACCAGCGGAUCCACACGGGCGAGAAGCCCUACAGCUGCUCCUCCUGCGGCCAGAGCUUCAGGCACUCCACCUCCCUCAAGAGGCACCUCCGCGCGCACGGCGGCGAGGGGCGGACCGGCCCUGCAUCUGGGCCCGUCGCCGGGGAGACGGACCGGAGCCACCCGGAUCCUGCCCGAAGCACAGGUCCCUUCAAAACGGGAGCCGCCUACGAAAUUGAGGUCGUAAUAUAAUGGCGAGGGAGGUGCAGGACUGAAGGUGAAGCUGAUGGUUUGCUCGCGUGACGUUCCCCUGUGUGCUCAGCUGCUAGUAAAGUGUGGGGUUGCUGCAAGCUGGUGAAAUGUACAAAAUAUGUGUAAAAGAGUUCAUUUAUCUGGGGCGUACCACCAUCAUUCUUUGUUGUCAAAUUCCCGACACCUUUUUUGUACUGUUGUAGAGAGGUAAAGGCAUGCAGGGUCUUUUCUUGGCAAAAGGGAGGUAGAAGAUCGCAGCUGGUUCUCCACAUCUGCCCUUGCGGUUUGAAUUCCGAGGCAAGGAAAUAGAAUUAAUGUGCAGGUUGUGGGACUUUGUGAAAGUAUUUAUUUUUCUGUUCUUCUGACCGCUUCAUCUGAGGAGAAGGAGGGCCUCUUAUCAAUUAUGUGGUGUAAGUUGGCCCCCACUGAAAGUAUAUGAGGAAGUACAGAUGCAGCCAUUCAAGAAUAGCAAUAUUAUG